AUGGAGAGUGAUUCGCAUGAACUUGAGCCUAUAGAAGAAGAGUAUGAGAACGAGGAUUCCCUUGAAAUUAGUAAUAGUGCUACUGUUGAUGCAACCAUUGAGUUGGUUCAAGAUACUGCUAUUAAUGAGGAUCCAAAUGAAAAGAAUGUAUAUAAGAGAAAGCCUAGGAGGAAGACUUCUACUGUGUGGAAUCAUUUUGAGCAAGUUGAGGUCUGUGGUGUAAAAAAAAAUCAAUGUAAAUGGUGUAAGAGUAAAUUUACCAUAUCAAAAUCAAGUUGUACAUCUACUUUAGGUAGACACUUGGAGUCAUGUUUGAAGUAUGCUGGUUCAAAGAAGAAGCAAAAGGUUUUGUCAGUUGAUGGUAAGGAGUCUGGUGGUGUGGACAUUAUUUCAAAUUUUCAAUUUGAUGAAAGUAAGGUGAGAGAACUCUUAGCUCACAUGAUCUUGUAUCAUGAAUAUCCUUUUAGAAUCGUGGAGCAUGUGUUGUUUAAUAAGUUUAUGAAAGCUUGUACCCCGCAUUGGAAAAAAAUUUCUCGAGCUACUGCUAAGAGUCUUUGCUUUGCCACUUAUGAAUUUGAGAAGAAGAAGUUGAAAACUUUAUUGAAUCGGGUCCCCAAAGUUAACAUCACAACUGAUAUGUGGACUUCUUGUCAAAAGGUUUCUUAUAUGGUUGUGACAUGUCAUUUUAUAGAUUCUGAAUGGCGGUUAAAUAGGCGUGUGUUGAACUUUUGUAAUAUUCCGCCUCCACACUCUGGACUUCUUAUUGCUGAUGCACUUCAUAAAUGUUUUAGAGACUGGGGUAUAGAGAGUAAAGUUUGUUCAAUCACCGUAGACAAUGCCAAGGCAAAUGAUGUAGCAUUAAGGCACUUGAGAGAUGUUUUUAAUAUGAGAAAAUCGCUUGUGGUUGGGGGCAAGUUGUUUCAUGUGCGUUGUUGUGCACAUAUAACUAAUUUGAUGGUUCAGGAUGGUCUUAGUGAGAUUGGUGAUAUUGUUGAUUGUGUGAGGGAUGGAAUAAAAUUCUUGGUAGCAUCAGAGGGAAGAUUAAAGCAAUUUACUGAAACUGCAAAGAACUUGCAUUUGUCAUCUAAGAAGCUAUUUUUGGACGUUCCUACUCGUUGGAAUAGUACAUAUUUGAUGUUAUCUGCUGCAUAUGAGUUUAAGGACGUAUUUUCUAUGUAUGGAUACAACGACCAUCAAUUUAUUUGGGUGCCAUCGCAAGAAGAUUGGGAUAAAGUUAAAUCUGUCUGUGAACUUUUGGGAGUCUUCAAUCGAGUAACCAAGAUUGUAUCUGGUAGUGACUAUCCAACAUCAAAUUUAUUCCUUCCUGAAAUUUGGCGAAUGAAAGAGGUUCUAAUUAAUAAAUGUGAUGAUGGAAAUGACUACAUUAGAUCUAUGGCACAUCGAAUGAAAGCCAAGUUUGAUAAAUACUGGGGCGAGUGCAAUUUAUUGAUGGCAAUUGCGGCAAUUUUGGAUCCGAGGUUUAAGUUGGAACAGGAUCUUGCAAGCAAAGUUCAAGAAAGCUCUUCAAGUAAUCGUUCAGUCUUUGCAGUUCAUGAUGAGGAGGGUGGUGUGGAAAUUUGGGAGUCAUUUCUCAAAAGUGCUGAAACUGUGCUUCAACCUAUGAAAUCUGAAUUAGAAAUGUAUCUUGAGGAGGGUGUAUAUAUACCUAACAAGAACAUCGAAUUUAAUGCCUUGGAUUGGUGGAAAGCGAAUACUCUGAAGUAUAAUGUUUUGUCUAAAGUGGCCAAAGAUAUUUUGUCAACACCGAUUACAACUGUAACUUCAGAGUCUACAUUUAGUGCCGGAGGAAGGGUUAUUGAUCCACAUCGAGCAUCAUUAUCAACUGAGACAGUUCAGAAGUUGUUAUGUGGGGCUGAUUGGGUCAGAUCAUUGUAUGGGCUUAAAAAGAAGUGUGGGGAUGAUCAAAAUGAAGGGGAGGUGGAGAUAACUUUGCCAGAGGCAAUUUGA